AUGGCAGCAGCGCAUGUGCACGCAGCUUUGGAAACUUGUCGGCAAAAGGUAACGCCGAUUGGCCGCGCGCUCCACCGCGGGGCCACCAUCCAUCGCACCAUUGCGCCCGCCACGCUGCGUCGUCUCGCCCGCCCGCCCGCGACUCGGCCUCCCGUCGCCCCUCCACGUCUCGCGCAGCAUGCCCCGCUAGCGAUGCUGGCAAUCUGGUCCCGGGCACGACCGACCCCGGGUACCUGCAGAUGCAUAUCGUGCUCCUCCCCUGCGGCCACGCUCAGCCGCACCGGCCGCCGAUGCGCUCUGCGCGCUCCCUGGGCAUUGGGCACGCCGACGUCGACGUUUGCCUACACGACCGUUUUCGCGGCGGGCCUGGCCAUUGACGCAAAGGCAAAAGCCGCCAGGAACAGGCAAUGGGAACGGGCCUUCUCCAGCCUGGACGACAGCGAGAAUGGCCAGGCUCCAGUCCAAGCAGGCAAGGAGCCAGAAGUCGCGCACCCGGCCGCCUUGUCCUUUGACGACCUCCCCCCAGACUUCGACUGGCAAGCACUGCAGCGAAUCGUCGGCAUGGACCUUGUGGAUGACCCGGUCUUGCAGGCACUCGAGGUUGAGUCGCAGAUUCGCGACUAUGGCGAAAUGAAUUGGGACGACCUGCGUUUUGAUUCGAGAUUUCCUGGCGCCCAGCUGCUCGAGUGGCCAGCGAAUACGGGCCCAGAUCUGGUGCGCUACAAUCUGCCCCCUCAGUCGUUGUGGGCGCCCGACGCAUUGCGCCUCAAGGCCAUGCGCAGACGCCAUACCUGGAAGAAGAUGGCAAUGCAGGAGAUUGCGACUGGGCUUCUCGUCCACGAACUGUUGCAUCGAGCGAGUGUGGCUCGCUUUUUGAAAACCGCACGUCACGAGCUGGGAAAGCUAGCACCCCAGAUUUUAGAAGUUGUGCGCAUGGACCAAGAUCAACGCAAAAACGCACACUUGAAGAUUGUAGAGGCUCUCGAGCAUGUUCAUAAGACUCGCGUAGACAGCUCGGCCGAAGAGAUUGCAGCUGCUCGAAUGCAUACCAACCAUACCGCCAUUCCGAAUUAUCGCCAGGACGCUGAUGGCGACUUCUACAGUAUUACAAAGCAGUUGAAUGAAGGCAUCGGAACUUUACUUCACGAAACACCUCGUGGCAAUGACAAGGUCGCCGCCCUCGCGGUAGCAAAAAUAUGCCACAACCUUCUUAUUUCCUCUGCUCCCCCGGAUUUGCAAACAUUCAACACUCUCCUGGUUGGUUUCAGACGUUGGCGCCGCCGAGAGCUAGUUGAUCGCGUCAUAGCUGCAUUCUACGCCAACAAGAUACGGCCCAACGAGAUCACCUGUCGCGAGAUUCUUGAACACUAUGCAUGGGGAGGACAAACAAGAGCUAGCAGCUUUUCACGCUUCGUGGCCAGAAUGAGGGGCUUGGACGAUGCGCUUAUGCUCGCCCAUCCCGACAUCAAUAUCAAUGAAGCUGGUCAAGAUCGGCUUGUGCGCAUCCAGCCGGGAAAAAUCUUUCAAAAGGUCUAUCCUACGCCUAUGGUGUUCAGCGCAUUGAUUGGUGGUGUCAUGAGAUUUGCUGGCUUCGAUCGAGCUCUGGAUAUUUAUUACGAGAUGAAGGCCGAUGGCUGGGGCCUCGACCUGAAAGGGCUUACCAGGUUGUUGGGAAGUUGUGUUCGCCGUGCCGAUUGGGAAGGUGGCGUAUACGUGUGGGGCGAGAUUAACAGUAUCAAAUCCCGAGUGAAGCACUAUGACAUGGCAAAAGCAUACACUCAUAUGCUCAGCCUAUGUUCCAUUACCGAAAACACUGUCGCCUUCAAUCAGAUCUUAAACGACCUAUCCAAAGGAGAUUUCGAUCGCAAGGCCAUCAUUGACGCAGCUACAAGGACAGCGAGCGUAGCAAAGCACAAGCAGACAUACACAGCCCCGGCUUGGGCUGCGGACAACGUCAUGAUUGCUGUGUCGGAAUACAUCAAAGAUGCCAAAUCCUCUGAACCAGAGGCUACGUCGGACGUAGUGGAUGCGGAUGACGCAACCGUCUCGCAACAUGAGUUUGAUGUGUACGCUGAUAUUGAGCACAACACGGCCAACACAAAAGAAGUAUGGGCAUCUUGGCUCGAGCACGAGUUUGGGGAGAGGCCAAAGGAUCCAGAGCCAUGAAGUAAUCACGGCUCUCUACGACUGUGUAUUCUGAAAUGAUUGCGCAUAUUGGAGCAUUGCGUUGGCGUUGUAUAGCAAAA